AUGAAGCAUCGGGCUUUGCUGGCUUCGCCAUUUUCAUUUCUCUGGUUCUUCUUGUUACUCGUCCUUUCCUUGUAUGGGAAGGCUUCGAGAUCUGAGAAUGUCACGAAGGAAGAAGAGGGUCCAGUGAUGAGGAAAUCUCAGUGGAGAAGAUUAACGAGCACUGAAUACGGAGAGGUGUCUGCCAUUGACGUCAAAGAUGGACAAAGAUCGCCCUUUCAUCUUCAGUUCUUUACGCUCGAACCCAACUCUCUCUUCCUCCCUGUUCUUCUCCAUGCGGACAUGCUCUUCUAUGUUCGCACAGGGAGUGGAAAGCUUACUUGGGCAUAUGAUGGUGAUACCGAAACCAUAAAUCUACGUCAAGGUGACAUCUGCAUGAUUGGAACAGGUUUUGUUUUCUAUUUACAGAGCAGCUCGGAGUCAGAAAGACAGAAACUUCGGAUUUUCGCAGCUUUCCCCAACUCGGUUGAUAACCAUUACGACCCAGCGAUCGGUGCCUAUUCGAGAAUCAAUGAACUGGUCGGAGGCUUCAACCAAAAAAUCAUGCAAGCAGCUUUUGGGGUGCCGGAGGAGCUGGCCGCAAUAAUUUCAAACAAAACUGAGACCCCUGCAAUAGUGCAUGCAGUGUCAACUAAGAAAAAGGAAAUGUUAGAAUGGGAGGCUUGGAUUCUAAACAGAGUCUUAGGUGGUGAGAUUGGCACUGGCGUGUCCUCCAACUAUAAUAAACCUCGUACAAUUAACGUUUUUGACAAAGAUCCUGAUUUUAAGAACUGUCAUGGGUGGAGCCUCAUGGUGACCCAAAAAAAUUUGAAAUCAUUGGAGCAGAUCAACAUUGGCCUCCUGAUGGUUAAUUUGACGGCGGGAGCAAUGAUGGGGCCACACUGGAAUCCACUGGCAACGGAGAUAGCAAUGGUAUUGGAAGGGGAAGGCAUGGUUCGUGUGGUAUGUGGGAACAGCAACAUGGACAAGUCGAAAUGCCAAAACAUGAGGUUCAAGGUGAAGAAGGGAGAUGUGUUCAUGGUUCCUAGGUUUCAUCCAAUGGCUCAGAUGUCUUUCAACAAUGACUCUCUGGUUUUUCUGGGCUUUAGCACCACAAUGAAGAAGACAUAUCCUCAAUUUUUAUUGGGAAAGAGGUCGGUACUGCACAUUAUAGAUAAGCGCAUACUGGCUACGUCUUUCAAUGUGAGUGACAGAACGAUUAAGCAGCUUUUGAAAUCGGAGGCGGGAUCCAUCAUAUUGGGGUGUCUAUCAUGCGCAGAGGAAGAGGAAAGGAUCAUGAUAGAAGAAGCCAAAAGGAGGGAAGAGGAGAAGAGGAGAGAAGAGGAGGAAGCAAGGAAACGAGAAGAGGAGAAAAAGAGAGAGGAGGAGGAGGAAAGAGAAGAGGAAGAAGCUAGAAGGAGAGAGGAGGAGGAAGCAAGGAAAAGAGAAGAGGAAGAAGCUAGAAGGAGAGAGGAGGAGGAAGCAAGGAAAAGAGAAGAGGAAGAAGCUAAACGAGAAGAGGAGGAAAGGAAAAGAGAAGAGGAAGAAGCUAGAAGGAGAGAGGAGGAGGAAGCAAGGAAAAGAGAAGAGGAAGAAGCUAAACGAGAAGAGGAGGAAAGGAAAAGAGAAGAGGAAGAAGCUAGAAGGAGAGAGGAGGAGGAAACAAGGAAACGAGAAGAGGAAGAAGCUAGAAGGAGAGAGGAGGAGGAAGCAAGGAAACGAGAAGAGGAGGCAAGGAAAGGGGCAGAGGAAGAAGCCAGAAGGAGAGAAGAGGAGGCAAGGAGAGAGGAAGAAGAAGCCAGAAGGAGAGAGGCAGAGGAAGAAGCCAGAAGGAGAGAGAGGAGGCAAGGAGAGAGGCAGAGGAAGAAGCCAGAAGGAGAGAGGAGGAGGAAGGCCCAGGAAGUGAAGGAGAGGAAGAAAUCAGAAGGAUGCGUCUGUAUUAAUUGCAAUAGAGGAAUUAAGAGGGUUUAA